CCUCUAUUGUUUUGUAAACGUGGAUCUCUAAAACUCUAUCAAAACAAGACUCCACACAAAAUGUCAAGUUCAGGCUCAGGACCGCCAAAUGACUUUGUUUUCAUACCUCCAACUGAGUCAAAUGGGAAGAGUGACAAUGAUGCAAAUGUGCAGCUGGAUCUUGGGGAAAUGAGCUAUGACAAAGCGGAUGUUCAGCCAGAACUUAGACCAAGAGGAAAUGCUGCCUCACAGUUUCUUCAGACCAAGGGUUAUGGCUGGUUGCUUGAAGUGGAUGAUAAUGAUGAGGAUGAUGACCAGGCUCCAUUGCUGGAUGAACUGGACAUCGACAUUAAAGAUAUCUACUACAAGGUGCGAUGUGUGGUGUUUCCAUGUCCAUUUCUUGGGUUCAAGAGACAAGUCCUGAGGGAUAAUCCAGACUUUUGGGGGCCUCUGCUUGUUGUUCUACUCUUCUCCAUGGUUUCAGUUUACGGACAAUUCAGGGUUAUAUCUUGGAUAAUCACCAUCUGGAUAUUCGGGUCACUUGUCAUCUUUCUGCUUGCAAGAGUUCUUGGAGGAGAGGUGAACUACUCACAGUGUCUGGGUGUGAUAGGCUAUUCAUUGCUGCCUCUCAUUAUUGCUGCUACUAUACUUCCAGUGACUCGGUUUAUUCCCUUCAUUGGUUCAUUAGUGAAGCUUGUUGGUGUAUCCUGGGCAGCUUACAGUGCAGGGUCAUUGUUGAUACAGGAUGAACUUGCACAGAAGAAACCAUUAUUACUCUAUCCAGUCCUCCUCUUAUACAUCUAUUUCUUCUCAUUGUACACGGGAGCUUGAUUUGAUGAAACUGAUCAAAGGCUGCCAAGUACACCUUGAUGAUUCACUUUAUCUUUGACUAUGGACACUUUGAGACAAAUACGUUGAUUGAGAUCGGGGACGGCCCUAUAUCCAGCUGAUUGUUGUUCCCUGUGGACUAACUUGAACAGGAAAUACUCUGUAGUCGUUCUAAAUUUCAGUUUUGAGUGUUGAGAGGCUGUGUAAUCUGGAGAUUGUAGUGUAAUGUGAAUGUAGAUGUAUCAUACCAUUGUAUCUGUAAUAUAUUCAAUGUUGUGUCUGACAUAAUUUUGCCAACACAUAAAAUUGAUUUUUCUCAAAUUAUUUUCAAAGCCUUUAGAAUAUAUACUUACACAAUAUAUCAUAUAUUCAUCUCCAAAUUCAGAAUUUUCCUUAUGCCUUUAUAUUUGGUGUAGUAUAGCAUCACUCAUGAAAUUAUUAAUUUGUCAUUUGAUAAAAUUUUUAGAUUCAACCCUGGAGCGAUCAAUAUUUAUAUUUUACUGUUACAAUCUUCAUGUAAAUCGAUAAAAAUAGUCAUUGAAUGAGGAAUUUGAAACAAGAAAUAACCUGUGGCUAUCUCUAAGGGUCAAAAGUGUCUGAGCUCAUGAACUGAAUGGUCCAUUAUUUGGAUUACCCUGGAGUAAAAUGACUGCUGAAACACAGGGUAAUAUACUUGUGUUGGUUGUGCAACUCUCAUAUUCGCAGGCUUGAUGUCUGAAUUUGGCAUGAUAGUUUUUACCUUUCCCUUUUUUUUUGCAUGUUACUUUAGUAAACUUUCAAGGUAGAUGUUAGUCAAGAACUCAAAUAGUAAAUUGCUACAAAUAGCUUUAAUAGGUACCGGUAAACCUAUAUUCUCACCCCAAGAAUCAACAAUAUCAAGUAGAAGAAACUCAAGUGGCCUAUGACCAUAAAUCAAAGAUAUUAAAAAACAAAAUCAAUGUAGAGUUCUAGCUUGGUUGCAUUGUGUAAAUUAAAAAGUAAAAAAAUUGAAUAUAUCUUAAAUUUCAAAGUAAAUAAUUAAUAUUUAUUCACUAUGAUUUAAUUCAUGUUAUUUCCUGAAAAUGUUAUCGUCAAAACUACUCAUUUUUUGUUGUUGAAGAUUUUGAUUUCCUUAUGUAAAGUAUAGUCAACUCUAGAUUGGACGAGCCAAGGAGAAUGGUGAGUCUUUAGACAUGUACAAUGUAGUUUGCUGAAAGAAUGGAAAAUUAAUUGGCCUUUUCAAUUGGAAUGCCAUUGAAGGUUGACAAUCAAACAUCACAUACCACAGAUUGUUACUACAAACCAAAGUUCUCUGUGAAUGGAAGUGGCAAGUAAUAGUGUGAACUUGAAGGGUCAUGUUGUAUGUACAUCUACAAGGUGUGCAAAACAAAUUCUUCCAUGACAAGGUUACGUGAUGAAUUAUAAAUUGCUCAGAGGAUCUCGAGUAGCUUUGUUAUGAAUGCGCUGUGUAAGUUAUGAUAUGAAACACAAAUAUAUCUAAAGGACACAUCUCUGUACAAUACAAUCAUGUAUAAUAACAUUCAUUUUGCCUGUUAUUAAGU